AAACGUCACAGCUGUCCUGGGUUGUACUUACACACAAGAAUUAGACUCCUUUGGUGAAAAAUUGAAAGAAUCUGAAGGAAAAGAAUGGCAUACAUGAAGAAAUUAUUUCGUGUAAGGGCAGUAAUGGCAGCUGCAGGAGCCAUCGCAGGGUACAUUGUAACCGGUGAUGAGAGGAACAAGACUGUACUGGCCGCUUUGACCCCCAUUAACACCUCAUCUGUCAAGUGGGAUUCGAACUGGGACAGAAGAGCAGCUCAGAGUUUGGCGAAACCAUCCAAGUCAAAGAUAGAUUGUAACAACAACCGUGUUAAGGAUAUACCUGAAGAAACCUUAGAAAAGGAUGGACCAACAUCGACACGUCACUUGAUCUUUGUACGUCAUGGGCAGUUCCACUUACAGGCUGCUACAGACGCUGACAAGUAUCUUACUAAGCUGGGUAGGUGA